AUGAAGCUUCUCAGUUUGUCUCUGGCCGCUGGCCUGAUCGCCAAUCAAGGCGCGAGCGCCAAACCGAAUAACAAGGACGAACCUCUCUUCUCGUAUAAUGCCAACCUGCUUCCUCUCGAAAAGAAUGUCGGAUCGUCGGAUCUUUUCCCCAUGGCAAAGUGCAAUGGGUUCAAGCUGGAAGAAGCGACCUUCACCGAGAUGCAGAACGCCAUGAAGUCUGGGAAGCUUACCUCUGUUCAGCUCCUCACCUGCUACCUGAUCCGCACAUACCAGACCGAGGAGUACAUCAACUCAGUUAUGCAGAUUAACCCUGAUGCUUUUGCAAUUGCUGCUGAGCGCGACGCCGAACGAGCGAAGGGCAAGGUUCGAGGUCCCCUGCACGGCAUUCCAUUCACCGUCAAAGACAACUUCGCAACCAAAGACAGUCUCGAGACCACGGCAGGCAGCUGGGCUCUCCUUGGGAACAUUGUCCCUCGCGAUGCCCAUACCGUUCAGAAGCUUCGCGAUGCAGGCGCCGUGCUCUUUGGCAAGGCUGCUCUAAGCGAAUGGGCCGACAUGCGCAGCAAUGACUACUCCGAGGGUUACUCUGCCCGCGGUGGUCAGGUCCGCAGCGCCUACAAUUUCACCGUCAACCCUGGCGGUAGUUCUACAGGCAGCGCUGUCGGUGUUGGAGCCAACGCUAUAGCAUUUUCGCUUGGUACAGAGACGGACGGCAGUGUGAUCAAUCCCGCUAAUCGCAAUGCCCUCGUGGGAAUUAAGCCCACUGUUGGUUUGACGUCCCGAGCCGGUGUCAUUCCUGAGAGCGAGCAUCAAGACUCUGUCGGAACUUUUGCGCGUACAGUCAAGGAUGCUACGCUUGUUCUCGACGCCAUUUAUGGCAUUGACAAGCGCGAUAACUACACCUCUGCCCAGAAGAACAAGACCCCCAAAGGUGGCUAUGCGCAAUUCCUCUCGAAGAAGAAUGCUCUCAAGGGCGCCACAUUCGGCCUUCCUUGGGAGAGUUUCUGGGUUCAUGCCGAUGAGGAUAUGCAGUCUCAGCUUCUCGAGCUUAUUGACCUGAUUAAGUCUGCAGGAGCGACAAUCAUCAAUGGCACCGAGAUCACCAACUACGAGACUCUGGUGAGUCCUGAUGGAUGGAACUGGGAUUAUGGUACCACUCGAGGUUUCCCCAAUGAGUCUGAGUAUACCUACAUCAAGGUUGACUUUUACCGCAACAUUGAGACGUACCUGAGCGAGGUGGAGAACACCAAUGUCCGCAAUCUUCAGGAUAUCGUCGACUUCAACAAGAAGUAUGAUGGCACAGAGGGUGGUUAUCCCUACGAGGAUGGCAAGGGCCACCCCGCCUUUGCUUCAGGACAAGACGGCUUCCUCGCAUCGCUGGAAACGAAUGGCGAACGAGACGAAACUUACUGGCAAGCUCUCAACUUCUGUCAAACUUCCACCCGCAAGGGCAUCAAUGACGCUCUUUCCUACAAGGGCAAGAAGCUGUCCGGCCUUCUCAUCCCUCCUCAAGUCGCCCAGGCUCCCCAAAUCGCCGCCCAAGCUGGUUAUCCUGUCAUCACAAUCCCCGGAGGCUACUCCAAGGAGUCUGGCAUGCCUUUUGGUCUGGGAAUUAUGCAGACUGCCUGGGCUGAGGCAGAGCUCGUCAAGUGGGCCAGUGCAAUUGAGGACCUGCAGCUCAGCGAAGAUGCUCCUUCAAAGCGUCGCCUUCCCAAAUGGCUCGGCUAUCUUGAACGCAAUGUGCCAGUGCCUUUCUAA